AUGGAGCAACUGAGUUCCAGUCGAUAUGGUAUUGAUGAGGUCACUUAUCCUGCACCUAUUACUGAACCUUCACGGUCAUUAGAUUACCUUCCUACGAGAGUAGCUUGUACACUAUCACAGGGAUCUAAUGUAACUAGCAUGGACUUUCAUCCUUCCCAUCAUACACUACUACUAGUUGGAUCUGCUAAUGGUGAAUUUACACUUUGGGAGAUCGGUAUGCACGAGAGGCUGGUCUCAAAGCCCUUCAAAGCCUGGGACAUGCAAGCAUGUUCAGCACAAUAUCAGAGUGUCAUGGCUAAAGACUCUUCCGUGGCCGUUAGUCGAGUUACAUGGAGCCCUGAUGGAGACUUGAUUGGAGUUGCAUUUACGAAACAUUUGAUCCAUCUGCAUGCAUAUGAGCAUCCAAAUGAAACACGCCAAGUUGUAGAGAUUGAGGCUCAUUCUGGAGGAGUUAAUGACAUAGCUUUCUCCCGGCCAAAUAAGCAACUUUGUGUUGUCACUUGUGGAGAUGACAAGCUGAUAAGGGUCUGGGAUAUGCAUGGACAGAAAUUAUAUUCAUUUGAAGGGCAUGAGGCACCUGUGUAUUCUAUUUGCCCUCAUCAUAUGGACGCUAUUCAUUUUAUUUUCUCAAUUUCCUUUGAUGGGAAAAUUAAGGCAUGGCUUUAUGACAAUCUGGGUUCUAGGGUGGAGUAUGAUGCUCCAGGAAAAUGGUGUACUGCAAUGCUCUAUAGUACCGACGGAACUAGGUUGUUCUCAUGUGGAACAAGCAAAGAGGGAGACUCGCAUUUGGUUGAGUGGAAGCAAAGUGAAGGAUCUAUCGAAAGGACAUAUUCUGGAUUCCGUAAAACAUCAUCUGUAGUGCAUGGUGUCGUGCAGUUUGAUACAGCUCAUAAUCGCAUUUUAGCUGCUGGUGAAGAGAACCGAAUUAAGUUUUGGGAUGUUGAUAACACCAACAUGCUUACCUGCAUUGAAGCCGAUGGAGGCUUGCCAAGAUUUCCACGGUUAAGGUUCAACAAAGAAGGCAAUCUUCUUGCUGUUACUACAUUAGAGAAUGGCUUUAAGAUACUUGCAAAUACUGAUGGGCUCAGAUCUUUACUAGCUUUUGGUAGACAACCUUUUAAUGUGUUUCAUGUGGCUACAAUGCCAGAAACUCGAGACCAAGCCAGAAAGGUUCAAUCCAUUUUUCCUGAGGAGUCAACCCCAUGCAUUGCACUCUCCACGAAUGAUUCUAAUGUGAUAGCUGCAUGUGGUGGAAAAUUAUCCAAAGUCCUCGACGAUGAUGACCUUCUUAGGGAGAUCAUCGUACGUGUCGGCUUCUCCACCACUCUCGUCCGUGCUGCUCUCGUCUGCAAGCGAUGGUACCAGCAUGCCUCCGAACCCGCCUUUCUCUGCCGUUUCCGUGAGCGCCACCGGUCCCGCCUCCUCGGCUUCUACCUUGUGGACAAGGAGGGUAGUAAAGUGGCUUCCAUUCGCUUCUUCCCAAUGCUACCUCAGCCCCCAGAGCUUGCAGUCGUCAUCCACCGUGUGGUGAGCUACAGUUUAGAGUCCUACCGCGGUGCGCCAGCCAAAUUCCUCUGCUCCCAGAGCAGCAGAGUCCUCAUCAGCUUGUACAACCAGAACAAUCGCAACAAAUUUACAAUUGGGGUGCACAAUCCUUUGUGUCCUGAGAGAGGCCUGGUUGUCGUCCCACCAUGCCCACACGUCCAAAUCCAGGAUGUCUAUUACCGCAAUCUCCUCUCGGUAGGUGAAGUCGAUGGCUUGUCCUACUUGCAUGUGUCGGUGGUGUCUAACAUACAGUUAACAACAUCAACGGUGCACGUACACAUGCUGCGACAUGGUGAUGGUGUGUGGCGCAUGUAUCAUACCUUGGACACAGACCAGCUCCUUGAUCUGCGACAAGAACCAAAAGCUGUGUUUGCUGACAAUAAAAUCUACAUAGCAAGCGCCCAGAAGGACAUUGUUGUCUUGGAUUUGAAUGCCUCGAGCAUCUCCACAGUUCAGCUCCCACAAGGGGUGGAGUAUGGUGAUAGAGAUAUCAUGUUGGCAAAGGCUGAUGAUGCUUCUGGUGUGUAUGUUAUCCAUGUCAAGAAGAUUCAACUUCACAUUUGGCUGCACAAGGGGGGCAACUGGUUGCUGAUCGACACCAUUUGUUUGCGUGACAUGGUUGCUAAUUUGAGGAUCCCAGGUUGCGAGGUUGAGGAUGAGCACAAUGCUCCUCUCCAGAUACACCAUGUAGGUGACUAUGCUGAGUUUGUGUUCUUGGAGAUGGGUCGAUGCGCACUCCACUUAGAUGUCAAGUCAAUGCAGUUGCAUAAAGUGUAUGACAUGACAGAAGAAGAACUGCAAUUGGGUGACAUCCAUCCUCUCAUGAUGAUCUGGCCUCCCACAUUUCCUGUGGUCAAGGAUAAUCUCAAUGCCAUGUGA